UCCAUCCUGCAAAGUAUUCUUCAGUCAUGACCCUAUCAAGAUUGUCCGAGCAAGGGGCCAGUACAUGUACAAUGAGAAAGAUGAGAGAUACCUGGAUUGCAUAAACAACGUAGCCCAUGGUACAGUAUGUACUGAAGACAGUGAGUCUGUCUGAACUGUCUGUUUUAAAGCCAGAGAACUGUUGUCAAAACAGUGUGAACCUACUCUAGGGAAGUUUGUGGGAACUUUUUGUCACAAAUAUAAAUAUAUAUAAAUAUAAAAGCAUAAACAUGAAAUCAGGUCUGCAAAAGACAGACAACAUUGGAAUUUAUAUAUUGUUAAUUAUAAUAAUAAUAAUAAUUUGUAUUUAUAUAGCGCAUUUCACAAUACUCAAGGUCACUUUAGAAAGAAGUCAUAUAUCAAAACAAAAUUAAAGCAAAACAAAAACAAACAAUCAAUCAACAAAAAAACAAACAAACAAACAAAUAAACAAUCAACAACCCGGGUUAUUAUAACUCAAAGCAAAAAGGUGAGUUUUGAGUUGAGAUUUGAAGGCAGACAAGGAGGAAAUUCACAGAGAGAGGGUGGAAGAGAAUUCCAGAAGCGCGGGGCGACUACUGAAAAAGACCUGCCACCCAUAGAAGACAACCUGAACUUACGGAUGAUGAGAAGAUUAGCUCCAGAGGACCAUAGAGUACGAGAGGUGGGUCAUUGCCACCCAGAUGUGGUCAAAGCAGGAGCAGAGCAAAUGGAGCUUCUCAACACCAACUCUCGCUUCCUGCAUGACAAUCUGGUCUUGUAUGCUCAGCGUCUCCAAGACACCCUUCCUGAAAAGCUCUCUGUCUGCUACUUUGUCAAUUCCGGGUCAGAGGCAAAUGAUCUGGCCCUGAGGUUGGCUUGGCAGUACACUGGCCACAAAGACAUCAUCACACUGGAUAAUGCCUACCAUGGUCAUGUGUCAUCGCUUAUUGAUAUCAGUCCAUAUAAGUUUCAUCAGCUGGCCGGUGCAGAGCACAGCCAACAUGUGCACAUGGCUCUCAGUCCAGACAUUUAUAGAGGCAAAUAUCGUGAAGACCACCCAGACCCUGCCACUGCAUAUGCUGAUAAUGUCAAAGAUAUAAUUGAGAAGGCCCAAGAAAAUGGACAUAAGAUUGCUGCUUUUAUUGCUGAAUCGCUGCAGAGUUGCGGAGGGCAGAUCAUUCCUCCUGUGGGCUACUUCCAGAAAGUGGCACAGCAUGUGAGAAAAGCAGGAGGCAUUUUCAUUGCUGAUGAGGUCCAGGUGGGCUUUGGCAGGGUGGGUACACACUUCUGGGGCUUCCAACUGCAAGGAGAAGAUUUUGUACCAGAUAUUGUUACAAUGGGCAAACCUAUUGGAAAUGGCCAUCCAAUGUCGUGUGUGAUCACCACCAGAGAGGUUGCUGAAGGCUUCAUGUCAUCUGGAAUGGAAUACUUCAACACAUUUGGUGGUAACCCAGUGUCUUGUGCAAUUGGACUGGCUGUUCUAGAUGUAAUUGAGAAGGAAGAUCUGCAAGACAAUGCCCUGCGUGUUGGAGGUUACCUGACUCAGCUUUUGGAAAAUCUGAAGGAAAGACACUCCUUAGUGGGUGACGUGAGGGGUCAUGGCCUUUUUGUUGGGGUGGAGCUGGUGAGAGAUCGGCAGAAGAGAACACCUGCCACAGCUGAAGCUCAGGAUGUUAUUUACAGGCUGAAAGAGCAGCGGAUACUGCUAAGUGCUGAUGGCCCCCACCGGAACGUUCUGAAGUUCAAGCCUCCCAUGUGCUUCUCCAGAGAAGAUGCUGAACUCGCAGUUGAGAAGAUUGACCAAAUUCUGACAGAUUUAGAAAAGGCAUUGGGCCUCCACAUACCUGAAGCAACAAUCUCAGAAAAUGGACACAGUAAGAGAAAGGAACCCCUUGAGGAAAAUGGACAUGUUCAUCCUUCAAAUGGCAGCAGCCACAAGCACACCACCACACAUCCUCAUAGCACAAAAUCCAAUAAGAGACUACGAACCUAAUGCACUACCCAUAAAAACAGCAGGGGAUUAAUCUGAGACAACUGCUUUUAAGUACAGACAAUUUAAUUACGUCUGUAAUUCAUUAUUCAAACAAUUCCAUGUUUUAAUGGAUCUUUAAGGACACUGUGAGCAUUGUAAGAUUACUUUGCCAUAUUUUAGUGGUGCCAGUCAGAACUGUAUCUGGGUUUUAGCUUUUAUAAUGAGUUUUGGAAUUAUAUACACUUAAUGAAACAGAACUGUCUAAUCUUAUUAAGAACUGUAUUAGCUUUCACACAUAUUGAAAGUUUUAAAAGGAUAAAUAAUGAACAAAAGGAUAACAAAAAGAUUAUAAAUCAAUGUAUGCACUUUGCAAUAUCUGUAUCUUCCAUAUCUGAUGUAGGCAUUGCAAUUGAGUGACAUCUUUUCACUGCCUGAGCUGGAUAGUUUCGAGAAACUACAGACAAAUCUUUAAUCAUAAGAAUGCCAAAUUAGGCACCGCAAGCGUACCUUGAACACUGCUUGCUUUGCAAAAGCCUGUUCAAGUGUUUACAUACCUAGCAAAUGCACAUUCAGCAUGUUCUACUUGUGUCUGCUACAAUAAAAAGAGCUAGAGAAUCACUCUCCUAUCUGAUAGUAAUGGAGUGGAAAAUGCCUGGUGGAUAAAAGUCAACAUGGAAAACAAGCUGAUGUAGAAUGAAAGACCUUUAAUGCAAUAUUCACUAAAAUUGCAAUAGAUUGAGCCUAAAACUAAAAAUUUCACCAUAAGCCCCAGGUAAAACAAAGGUAUACAGUGCACAAUAUGAAGUGGUUGUUCAGUCUUAAUUCAAUAGCUUUGCACUCACUCAUACUUUUUUUUUUUUUUUUUUUUUAAUUCAGUGUUGCCCUCUAGUGCUUAAAAACUACCACAAA